GAGGCCCUUGGUUCCCGCGCGCGCAAGCGCGGCCUCCGCCUUCGUAUAGGCUUCAAAGCUCUCACCUUUGUACUUCUCUUUGAGCUCUUGGAGUGUCUACGAGCUCUGAUCCCCCGCAUCUCCUCCUUUUGGAUGUAAUUGGUUGGAGAAGAGAAGGCAUGGGCUGCACUUCUUCGAUUCCUGGGAGAUAUAAGAAUGGCAGGAGGAGGAAGAAGAAGGGGAGCAGGAUUGCUGAGGUUGCUGUCUUUGUGCCUUGUUUGAGAGUCCCUGUUGCUGUAGAUCUUCAGCAGGGGCUUAGAGGGAUUGUUGGAAGGGAGGUUGUUGAGAGGAUUAUGCAAAGGAGGAGUAGGAUUGUGUUGUUAGCGCAAGAGAAUGUCCUUGAAGCUUUGGAGGGGAUUUUGGAGGUCCAGAGAGCACUUGAGGAUUACCUUCCUGUUCUGAUUGGUUUGAUUGAAAAAGAGCGCCGGCUUGAAGCAUUGGUGGAGUUCAAAUGGAGAAGUUUAGGGGAUAAUGGACAAGAAAUAUGUUUAGCAAGUGCUUGGUAUGAGUUGUUAUCAGUUAUUCACAUGAUGGCUAUACUAUCAUUGUUGGAAGCUAACCAACUUCUAAUUCCGAAAGAUUGUGUGGAUGCGCGUGAGAGGAAGGUAUCAGAAGACGCGAAGAAGGUUGCUGUUGAUUUGUUGCUGAAGGCAUCUGGGUUUUUAGAAUAUUGUAUUCAUCACAUACUUGUUCACCUGCCAAUCCAUAUACGAAGGAACCUGCCUAAAGAUUUGCAAGAGGGUGUGCUGGAGGCCGUUUCAAUUCAAGCUUUGGGCCAGGGAGUGGAAAUGCAGCUUGGGUUGGCCAUGGAAUGUGACAAGGCGACACUACCUGUAAAAAGGCGGCUGGCAUGUGAGGAAGUCAUCUAUUUUGCUCAGGCUCACUAUUGCUUGUCAGGAUGCGAAAACAGCGAUGCAAAUGGAAAGAAGCUCCUCCUAUUCCUUAAAUAUAAGUACCUUGAAGCAAAGUCAGCUGCAUACUAUUAUCAUGGUCUAGUUCUCGGAAAGGGCAGCGAACCAAAUGAUCAAGUUAGUUCAGUGUGGUGCCAUUUUGCUGCCAAUGACCUCCUCAUCGAGAGCAAACGAGCUUGUUUAAGCUUUUGCCUCGCAAAACCCCUAACUAGAGUUCCGGCCGCAUGGGGUGUGAUGAAGCAUUUACAAAAGAAAAUCCCUGAAACAGCAUCGAAGAAAUCCCAAAUGUAUGGAGAUCUCAUAGAACAAGACAAGGCAUAUCAAACAUUGCCUGAUCUGCCGGAGUUCACCUUGUCUCUGAAGCCCGAUGACUAUGAACUACCUGAGAUCGCCGAGUUCUGGGUUGGUGAUAAGUCUCAACCCCAAAUUCAGAUGCUGAAAGAGCACCUCAAAGAUGAUGAUGAUGAUGAUACAUUUGAACCUAUUGAAGACUUGAAUCUCUAAUAACUCUUGAUACUUUUUCUUUAGUAUCAAGUUGCUUGAUACUUUUUUUUCCGUAUUUCUUGUUUGUUUUCAAGUUUGCUGCAGAGCAUACAUUUGUAUUGAGCAUUGAGAAUGAUCAAAAGAUAAUAACGCAAGAGUUGUCA